AUGUACUCGGAUAUGUCACUACAUGACUUAAUAAACUACGCAAGGACAACGGAGACGAUAGCGUCGCACCUACAAACAAUGCGACUGGAAGACAACAACACCGCUACUGCUACAACCGCCCCAAUAAACAAAGUCGCGGACGAACAGCGCCAACCAAGCAACUAUCCCCGGCAAUACCAGUGCAGGAAUUGCAACAGAAAAUACCGUCAUGAGCGGGGACCGACGUCUUUCCCGGCAUUUCAUACCCAGUGCACAUACUGCGGAAGGUGGGGACACAUCACCUCUGUCUGUUUCAGAAGAUUAAACGACGGAAACAGACAACGGGAAACAAAUCGUCCCCCACGAACACAGACCAAUCGACGCUCAGUGAACCGCAUUGAAAACGACCAACGGAACCCACAUAGCAGUGGUAGUGGUACAGAAUACCUGUUCCACAGAGCUGGAGCUCGGAACUUGCCACCUCCAAUUGAAAUGGAUACUCCAGCAAACAGGAGUUCAUCUUUAUUUUUGGGGCUUCCCAACCAAAUAAAAGGGCAACUUGAUGAACAAUCACAAACUCUCCACAAAAUCAAUUCCACAGUCCAGAAACUUGAAGCUGAAAACGCUCUUUAUAAACAAGAAUUGAUGACCGCCCACACCAAUAUUCACCAGUUAUCAUCUCUUUUGGAUAACGAACGACGAAAAUCCCAUCUGUCUUUGGAGAGACACUUCAUCCAAAUGCAAGAAAUGCUUUUCUCUUUGUUGCUUUCAUUUUCGCACUUUUUCCUUCUUUUCCUUCCUUCAAUUUCUCAUCGCUCCUUUCUUUCUCCUCGGCUGUUAUUUCGUUCUCUCUUCUUUCCCACCUCCCUCUAUUAUUUACGCCUUUUCUCCUUUUAG